GUGUCUUUCAUAAGUUUGAUGGAAAUCAGCUGACAUAACAAUAACCUGAAAAAUAAACCACAACCCUAAAGUUAAUUAAACCCCAAAUGAAUAACCUGAAAGUUCAACAGAACAGCUACAAAAAUUCGGAAAGCUGGACAGACGAUUUGCCGAUUUGCAAAAACACCGGAAUUGGCUUCUCAACGAAUCAGAUUUAUCGGGAGGAUGGACACCCUCAAGAGGAGCACCCUUAUGAGGACUACAGUUGCCAUUUUCGGUUCAGCGAUGAUUUUUACUGGUAUGCAGUGUUUGAUGGGCAUGAAGGGAAAAGAGCAGCGGAUUUUUGCUCGCAACGAAUGACCGCCGAUGUUUUAUUCUCGGACAUCAAUGAAAAGCAGUCGGAUGAAGAGGUGCGAGACUUCAUUAGGCAGGCGUUUCAGAACGUUGAAACUGGUUAUAUGGAAACUUUGGGGGAUUUGUUUGCUGAAAGGAUCAAAAUUCAAUGCAAUGAUAUCCCGGAAGGGUUAAGUACAUAUGAAGCCUGCAGAAAGAUGCCUGAAGUAAUGAAAAAAAUCAAAGACCUUAACUGCGAGUUAGCUUCGGGAACUGCAGCUGCGGUCGCAUUGAUUUCCAAAAACAAGUUAUACGUGGCAAAUGUGGGCAACUGCAGGGUACUUUUGUGCCAAACCGAUGCAAAUUCUGUGUUAAAAGUUGUCCAGCUGAGCAUCGACCACGAUCUAUCCAAUGAAGAUGAAUUGUUGCGACUGUCUCAUAUUGGAAUCAAUCCGCGCCUCUUCCAGCACAAGUCUCGCUUAGGAAACCAAGAAAACACCCGCUGCUUAGGCAAUUGUGCAGUUAAGGGCGAAUAUAAGCAAUUUGAUGACUUGGCGGUAGCAUCGCAAGAGCCGGUCAUUGCGGAACCGGAUAUUCAUGGCGGAAUACUUUUGGACGAAUCCUGCAGGUUYUUGCUACUGAUGACGGCAGGCCUUUACAAAUCAGUCGAAGAAGCGAUUGAGMCCGAUAAAGUCAAUCAGUACAUUGCUCAAUGUGUUGUGGAACAAUUUAGAGAACAAGCAACUCUAACCGGAGUGGCACAAGCAGUGGUCGAUAAAGUGGUGCGUUUACACCACGACUGGUAUAUGUCCAACUCAUGCAAUAAAUCCCGCACACCGAAGAGAGAAGACAUCACUUUAGUGUUGCGCAACUUCAACUUCCCAAUGCCGAACGCUUUAAAAUCGCCCACGAAACCGACUGUUCAAUUCAGCACUACCAUCCUCACCAACCAAAUAUCCAAUAGUGAUUCCUCGCAGCACACACUCACAAAUUUGAACACGAUUAGUACACUAAGCCGAACCAACACCACAAGCAGUUCGGAGGCUAAAACGGAGGUUGAGGAUGACAUCGGUCCAGACCAAAAAAUUGCGCCCUACGUGGAUUUUGAUGACUUUUAUAAAAGCUUUGAUAUGGCCAAGCGCGAUGGCACUUUGCCUUAUGGGUUAGCGUAGAAUGCGACGAAAUAUUCACCUAGAUAUAAGACCAGAAGAACGGGCAUUUUUAGAGCUACAAAAGCCGAUUUUGCAUCGCCAACCUUCUAAUAAAGUUGUGUAAAUGGAGUGAUUUUGGCCGAAAUGCCCUUGGAACCAGUGUUUAAAUAAUUAAGUCUAACUACUGUUGUUAACUAAACAAGCGAAAUAAGAUCAAUAAUAUAAAUUAAUCAAGAUCAAGAAAUCAGAUAAUAAUAACAAACAGUAAGAUCAA